AUGCGCUUUAAAACAGACGAAACGUUCGGAGGGUUUGAACUGAGCAUGGUUUUAGAGGGCCAUCCAGUAGAUCAUUUAAAGUCUGGGCCGGCCAAAAACUUCCUCCUUGGACCUACUCCACUCCCAGUGUUUGGAAACCUGCUGCAACUGGACCGCACAAACCCCUUAAAAGACCUGGACAAGCGUUACGGAUCACUCUACAGUCUCUAUAUUGGUAGGCAGCCAGCAGUGGUGUUAACUGGUCAGAAGGUGAUCAGGGAGACACUGGUCACACAGGGGGUGGAGUUUGCUGGCAGACCAGACACCAUGAUGAUCAACCACAUAACACAGAGCAAAGGCGUGAACAUGACAGAUUUUGAAGAGGGUUGGAGGGAACAUUGACACUUUGCUCUGACCACACUGAG